AUUUGUGGUCAAUUAAAAUCUUUUUUAUUAAUAAUGAAAUCGUUUUUAUUAGUGGGAAUCCUGUUAACUUUUUGCUCAAGUAGUAGUGCUGAUGAAAAUAAAAUAACAGAUAAGGUAUGGUUUGAUAUUAACAUUGAUGGUAAAUACGAAGGAAGAAUUGAAAUUGGACUUUUUGGUGAAACAGUUCCAAUAACAGUUACAAAUUUUAUUGAAUUAUCUAAAAGACCUCAAGGAGAAGGAUAUAAAGGUAGUAAAUUCCAUAGGAUCAUUCGUGAAUUUAUGAUUCAAGGAGGUGAUUUUACAAAGGGAGAUGGAACUGGAGGACGCAGUAUUUAUGGAGCUCGCUUUGAUGAUGAAAAUUUCAAAUUGAAUCAUUAUGGUGCUGGGUGGUUAUCUAUGGCAAAUGCUGGAAAAAACACUAAUGGUUCUCAAUUCUUCAUUACUCUGAAGCAAACUUCAUGGCUUGAUGGUAGACAUGUUGUAUUUGGUAAAGUAAUUAAGGGAAUGGAUGUAGUAAGAAAAAUUGAAAAUGUAAACACUGAUACUCGAGAUAAACCAAUAAAAGAUGUUGUAAUUGCUGACUGUGGUGUAGAGACAGUAAAAGAACUCAUUAAUGUGUCAUUGGGAGAUGCUACUGAUUAAACAUUUUUUUAUUUUUGUAAUAAUAAAAACUCAUCAUUUACAAAUAUCCUAUGUUAAAAGAACAAACUUAUUUACUCUAAUAUGUUCAUAAUUUUAUAUACACUAAAAAUUAAAUUAUUUGG